UUCCAUGUAGAUAGGUGCCUAAACAACAAUGUUUGCAGGCAGUUUUUGUGCUGUGCUAGGUAGGUACAGAGGUACUAUUACGUUGUAUGGAGUAAUUACUAAUUCCACGAUGACUCAUUUUAUAUGAGAUAAAAAAUAUUGACUGAAGCUACUUCGCUUCAGUCAUAGGCUUCAGUAAAGCGUUAGGUAGGUACAUAGUAGAAACGCAGAGUUUUCUUAUACAAAAAAUAAUUUAAAGUAGGUAUUUACCUAUCAUCUUUUCACUUCAAUGAAAGUCUUAAAUUUAUCGAAAACUUUUUAGGUACCUAUCUAGGUAGAUAUUGCGAUUUUAUAUAAAGAAUAUUUUAUAUUAUGAGUCGUGGAAUUAAAAAAAAAAUAUACAUACUUAGAGCUUACAUUUAACUUUCGACAUGGGUGAAACAAUGACUCAAGAGGAGGAACAAAUUCUGGAAAGGAAUUCAAACACAGACACUGUUGUGGAAUCACCUGGAGGCCCUAACUUUAUUUUAGAAUUGAAUUUAUUUUUAACUAUGAUAGGAAUCACACUUUCAUCAACUGCAUUGAGCAACAUUAUGCUGUAUCGAGCAUGUGUGCACUCUCUACAUCACAGUGCAGAGGAGUGCCACCCUUUCUUGUCCCCAGAGAGGACAAACUCAACAAAGCAUUUGGAAGUAGAUGUACAGAAAUAUGUAACUUAUGUUGGCACUGUAAAAGAAAUUUUUGAAUAUCUAGGACCAGCUAUAUUGUGUCUAUUCCUGGGAGUUUGGUCUGACACUCAUGGAAGAAAACCUUUGAUAGUAUGGCCAUUAUUUGGUAUAACACUGUCAGCAAUGUUAGCUGUUGUUUAUAGCAUGAUGGAUAGCCUGGGUCCCUGGUGGACCAUAGUGUUGUCAGCUCCCACUACCCUGACAGGGGGUAUAAGUGUGAUGGUCAUUGGGAUGUAUUGCUGUUUAAGCGACAUGACUAAUAAAAAAUCCAUGUCUUUCAGAAUGAUGUCAUUAGAAAUCGCCGUAGCAUUGGGAACUGUGAUCGGUUCACUGGUUUGUUCCCCAUUAUUGAAGUCAAUCGGCAAUGUUUACGUGCUUCUGAUAGCAGCUUCUGUAUACGUGUUGGCGUAUUCUGUCACCAAUAUAUGGCUUCAGGAGUCCCUGGCAACGGCCAUACCGGGCACGCUGGCAUCAGUGUUCAACUUUUCAUUAAUAAAAAUGAUGAUAACUGAUUGUUUCAAACGCCGGCCAGAUUAUCUGAGAACUCAGUUAUUUGUGCUAACCGCUGCAAGUAGUUUGAGCACAUUAAUAAUUUAUGGUGUGACAGGAUUACAGUACAUGUACGCUAGACAAAAAUUACACUGGGCUUUGAAGGAUUUUAAUCAAUUUUCGGCUAUCAACGUUAUAUUAGCCUUCAUUGGGUCUUCUUUAGUGGUAGUUGUGUUUCAAAGGAUAUUCAAAGUUAACGACUUGACAGUCUCAACAAUGUCCUUCGCGUCCGCUGCGGGAGACUUCGCAAUAAGGACUUUUGCAGUAGCUUCGUGGCAAAUGUACUUAGCUGCAUGCGUGGCGUCCUUCAGCGGGCUGUCAUCGCCGCUCAUCAGGUCCUUCCUCGUGAAGAUCCUGCCCUCGGAAGACAUGGCCAAAGUAUUCGCUUUAAUGGGUGCCAUCGGGGGGAUCAUGCCGUUAUUAGCACCGCCGCUCUACAACUCGUUGUACUACAACACUAUAUCGUCAUUCCCGGGCGCUGUAAUGUUGUUGUCAAGCUGUAUAAAUGCCAGUUGUAUAAUAAUGCUCCUAGUCGUCGUAUACUUGAGGUGGAAGUCGAAACGCGUAAUUAACUUUGAACCAGCGAACUCUUUUAAUAAUGACCACGAAGAAUGACACCGGUUAUUCAUAAAGUGCUGUGAGGGAGGAAAAUAUAUUUUUAUUAAUUUUAACAA